AUGCCAGCCCACGUACAAGCAAGUGUCCUGCAGCGUUUGAUUCCGAUGCUUGUACUACUGUCGAUCGUUGCAGCCCUACCCGCCAUAUCGAUGCGUCCCGAUUCGAACACCAUCACCAACAUCAAUCAACACCGAUCGAACGAAGGGAAAACGCUAGCUCACACACCCCGGUACGAGUUCGCUUACGGCGUGAAGGACCCAAUUACGGGCGAUCACAAAGAUCAGUGGGAAAAGCGAGACGGGGACCGGGUGCGGGGUGUGUACAUGCUGGAGGAAGCCGACGGGACACAGCGCAUCGUGGAGUACGAGGCAGACGACGUGCAAGGCUUCCGGGCGAUCGUCACCAUCGUUGAGCUGCCCAAGGGCACCCAGACGCAGCACGAACCGAUCGCACACAGCUACAAUAUGCUUUUGCACACUUCAAGUUAG